GGUAAUGAGAUACUCUGUGAGAUAUCGUGCUGAAUGUGAGACUGAAGAGGAGCUCCAGCGUUCAGACUGAAAACAGGAUGUCCCUAACAGUGGCCAGGACUGAGGGGGUGACUGUAUUCACCAUCACCUCCAAUCCAAAGAGCAAAUGUCCACUGAUCUUCCUGCUUCUACGCACCAUCUGCUGUAGCCCGAUUUGCUUUGUGUCUCGGAACCUGAAGCAGGAGCUGGGCUCUACUUACACAGUUCUGGGGGCUUUACAGAUUCUGGUUGGUGUAAUGAAUGUGGGAUUCGCAUGCAUCGUUAAAAUCUUUGAAAUGCCCACUAUGCUUUUUCAGGCCUACAUUUCACUGGGAGGGCUGUUUAUUGCAGCUGGCAUUAUAUGCAUCAUUGUGGGGAAGUUUCCUAGCCAGUGCUUGCUCGGCUUUACAGUCCUGAUGAAUCUCACCAGUGCUGCCCUGGCUUUAACUUCCAUUGGGUUCUACAUUGUAGAAUUAACAUGUAUGCCAUUUGCUUGUAAUACGGACUGUGACACCUUGGAGAUGAUGCAGAUAGGGCUGGAGAUCACCAUGAUUGUGUUGGGCGUCCUUCAGUUUUGUGUCACGGUCAGCUGGUGUGUUCUGAGCAUGCAGGUUCUGUACAAGGAGAAGAAAGGAGUCAUGAUGAUCUUCAAGAUGUCGGUGACUAUGACCAAGGCUGAUGGGGUCACUGUGUUGACCGUGACCUCCAACCCCAAGAGCAGAUGCCCCCUGCUCUGCCAGAUUCUGGGCACUCUGUGCUGCAGCCCGUUCUACUUCGUGUCUGGGGGCCUGAAGCAGCAGCUGGGCAGCUCUCACACACUUCUGGGGACUCUACAGAUCAUGGUUGGAGUGAUAACCAUGGGAUUUGGGGGCAUCGUUAGAAGUGUUGUCUGGUCCUGGUGGCUGUAUAAUAGUUGCUUUUGGAUUGGUGCAGUGUUCAUUGCAGCUGGCAUUGUGUGCAUCCUUGUGAAGAGGUUUCCCAGCCCAUGCCUGAUCUGCUUUUCGAUCCUGGUGAAUUUAGCCAGUUUUGGAGUGGCUGUCACUGCUAUUGUGUAUUAUUCGAUGGAGUUGGAUCGUAUGGUUUGGAAUUACCGCUGUGAUCGAAAUGGAUGGAAUGAUGGAUAUGGCUAUGGAUAUCGCUAUGGUACGACUACUACAGGCCCAACCACGGCAGAUGAAGUGAACUGUGAGAGAUACAAGUACAUGUUAAAGAUGACUUACGGAGGAAUGAUCAUCAUGAUGCUCGUGUUAUCCUUCCUUCUGGUUUGCGUCACGAUCAGCUCGUGUGUUCUGAGUGUGAAGGCUCUGUGCAAGAACUACAAAGAAAACGAAAUGGAGGAUCCGGAGCUUCAGAAGCCUCUUUUGGAUGAAGUCCUUUCCAGCCCUGCAUGUUAGAAACACUACAAUACCCAGAGUUCUUAUGAACAGAAUGUAUAUCCACAACGAUCUUUAUGUUACUGUCCUGCAUAAUCAAACGUAAUCCUACUCUUAAAUCAAAUAUUUCUGUAUUCUCAUAUAGGAGGCAUGUUUGAUUGAUUUUCAUGUUACGACAUCUAUUAUCACAUAUCUGUAACCUGACAUAUUUAGCCUUAUCACAUAUCUGUAAUCUGACAUACAUAUCUAGCCUUAUCAUAUAUCUGUAAGCUGACAUAUCUUUUUAUCCACACACUAAUUAAUUGUUUCUUUUGAUGUGUAGACAUAAAUAAAAACACAAUGCGUGUUGAAAAC